AGCGAGGUGCUGGGCAGCCAAGUACGAGUGGCGCAGUGGGCAAGGAGUGGACGGAGAUGGCGGGCAACGCAGAGAGCAAGGAGAUCAAGGAUGGUGAGAGCAGGUGCAGAUCUUGGCGGGCAUGGGCGCAGGAGGCCAUUGAGGCAGACUUUGGACGGGUGGCGGCGUUCCAGCGGGCGUGCGGGGUGGGCGCUGACGGCGAGCGCGGCUACCUUCUCCUGCAUCUGAUCUUCACCGCCGGCGCUGCGCUCGGCAACGAGCUCUUCUACAUUGUGUUUCUCCCGUUCCUGUUCUGGGCUGGCGCGCCGCUGGCCGGACGACGCGUGAUGGUCCUCUGGGGCGUCUCGGGAUACAUCGGGCAGCUGCUGAAGGACAUUGCGCGGCUGCCACGGCCUAGUGCGCCAGCGGUCCGCCUCGAGCAUCACUACGCCAACACCGAGUACGGCAUGCCGUCAACUCACGCUAUGUUUGCCUUUUCGCUCCCACUUGCGCUCGCCGGCCUCAUCAGCACUCACCACCCGCACGUCGGGCUCUCGGACGAGACGCUGUGGGCCAUCGCGGGAACGUGGGCAGUAGCGAUGACGCUCUCGCGGUUGUACAUGGGCGUCCACUCAACGUAUGAUGUGGUGGCCGGCAUUGGGCUCGGGCUUGGCUUCUACGCCGCCUUUGCGUACUCGUCGCUUGGUGCCACCAUCGACGACUACGUGGUCUCGCACGCGCCGAUGUCGCUGCCGUCGGCGGGCGCGAUGGCAAGCUCCCUCGCGGCCCACGGCUGGCACCACCCGGCGGCUGCUGUCGUUGUCGUCAGCGUGGUGGCCACCGCUGCUGUGCCUUAUCUCAACGGGCACGCCGAGUGGACAUCGACGUACGCCGAUACCGUGACGAUUCUCGGCGCGGUCAAUGGGGCGCACCUUGGCUCGGCGCUGUACAACGCAGAGCGCGACGCUGCGCGCGCGCUCACCUUUGGUUGCCCCGGUGCAGGAUGCUCUGGUGUGGUGCAGAGUGCGCAAGCCGCCGGCAUCCCGGUGGGUCCGGGCCUCACCGCGCUCGGCCUCCUAGCCCGUACGCUUGUUGGAUUUGCAGUCCUUGCGGUAACGCGCGAAGUGGCCAAGGCCGUCAGCCUCCCGCUCUGCUUGGCGAUCGGCCGGAGGGCCGGCGUCGUCCCGCGCACCGGCUGUCCUUCGCUUGCCAAGGCUUACGCCGUCGACACCCCAGCGCGGCUGUUCACCUACACGGCGGUGGGAUGCAUGGCGGUUGCCGGCGUACCCCACCUGUUCGCUCAUCUAGGCUUGUAGCGGAAUGUUACUGUCGCCGCACAGGAGAGGCUUCUACGCGAAGAAGCCUGUAUGGAGGGGAGGGGAAAGAGAAAGAGAAAGGUCGAGAGCGAGCGCGCGCGCAUCGCGCAUCAAAGCAGCUUUGCCACUACCAUGUGGCGUCGUCAGCCGACUUCAUGUCCCGGUUGUGG